ACUUCACUAGAAGUAUACUAAAAGACAACAGUUCUUCUUGAAACGUGCUAUGUAGUUACUCAUAUCUAGCGAUCUAUGAAAGGAAAAACGUGAUUUCAAUGAUAAUAUUAAUUAAUAUCACGAAUUAAAUACCAUAAAUUUGCUUAUCUCGUAAUAUCGUGUCCGUCAUAUAUCGAGCAUCAUGGAGCCUAUUCCGCGUCCUGUCCCCAAUAAUCAUCACGAAGAUGGAAAUGAUAUUCGACCGAACGAUAAUGCCAUUGGAAGAGAUAAUCAUAUAGAAAUUGAAAAUGAUAUUAUACCAAACGGUGACGCUUUAAGAGAAAAUAAUCAUCUCGAAAAUGAAGAUGAUAUUGAACCAAACAAUGUCAUUGGAGGAGAUAACAUGAGAUUUGAAGAUGAUAUUGAACCAAACAAUGUCAUUGGAGGAGAUAACAUGAGAUUUGAAGAUGAUAUUGAACCAAACAAUGUCAUUGGAGAAGAUAACAUGAGAUUUGAAGAUGAUAUUCAACCAAACAAUGUCAUUGGAGAAGAUAACGUGGAAUUUGAAGAUGAUAUUGAACCAAACAAUGUCAUUGGAGAAGAUAACAUGAGAUUUGGAAAUGAUAUGAGACCAAACCAUAUUAAUGAAGGUGAAAAUCCAGGUGGAAAUAUACCCAAUGGUUAUGCCAGCGAUCCUGAAGAUGAAGGUCAAGAUGUCAUGUCAAAGAGCUACCCGUUGGAUUCAUUAUCUCUCGAACACAUAAAAAAUGUUCUAUACGUUGGAUUGCAUCAAUUAUUCGACGAAUUUGAAAUUAAGGUAGCUAGCUGCCCUUGUUUAACCCGACCGCCAUACAAUCUUGCCGCAGUUGGACUAUCUGGUAAUCCAUCUAUUUUAAUAACGGGUAAUGUAAAGAACUUAAUGCCCGUCCCAAUAAAAAAUUCUACAAAUAAUAUUCGACGUCUAUUACUACAACGUUGCUACAAUUUCUUUGUCAUUGGAGCAGGUUAUGCCGCGAAGGAAUCUAUGCCUGCCAACGGUCAUUUUAUUAUUAACGCAACAAUCUCGCCACCUGAAAAUGUUAUUAAUAAUAGUCGUAUCGGUUAUGAGGAAGCUAAUACUGGGGAAAGAAUAUUGAAAAUCAUCAACGAUCCCAAUGAAAUGAAAUGUUCUAUGUUGGGCAACUUCUAUCUCAGCGAAGGCAGACCAGGAAACGUAAUUGAAGUACGCGCUAAAGGUUGCAGAACCAGUGAUUAUAUUAUAACAUUAAUACAAAGUUGUCUCUAUCAUUAUCAAAACGAUAAAGAUAUUGGUCUAGGUGGUGUGCUUAUGACAAAUGGAGGACGAGUGAUGCAACUUAUUACACCAGAAAAUUAUCCGGAAAGGUUUCGUACAUUACAAGAUUUUUACAGAUGGUUAAGAUGGCAUGAAUUAAAAAGAAAUCUAAUAACUGUUGGUGCAUUAGCCAACAUGCCAAUCCAUUAUUUCGGACAUUUGAGAAAUGAGGGGACUAUUUUCGAAGUGACAGAUAGUUUCAAAUUUCAUAGUUUCUCCAAUCAUGAUGCAGUCGGCCAAUUUAUGAACGAUGUCACGCCGAAUGAAACGGAGUACGUGUGUUACUUCAAUGUAGCACAAAAAUGCUACUUCGCUUAGAAAGGAUAAAGUUCUAAGUUCGCACAAUGAUUAUAUGUUUUAUUUUGGAAUACAAGAA